ACCACAAACAGUGUUUGCUUCAGGCUGACUUCCCUUCCUGUGUUUGUUCCUCUCUGCCCUCUCCAACAGCAGGAGGCAAUGGCUACAGAGGGUGCUUCCUCAGAGAUCAUAGAAAAACAACGAACAAAGUUGCUCAAUGUCCUCCAACAAGAUCCUGACUCUAUCUUGGACACGUUAACCUCUCGGAGACUGAUUUCUGAAGAGGAGUAUGAGACUCUAGAGGAAAUUACAGAUCCCCUGAAGAAAAGUCGGAAGCUGUUAAUUUUGAUACAGAAGAAAGGAGAGGCCAGCUGCUGCUGUUUCCUCAAGUGUCUGUCUAAUGCCUUUCCAGCGUCAGCUUCCACCUUGGGCUUAAAGCACGAAGUUCCAUGGCUGGGGACUAAAGAGACUGUGGGGGUGAGCAGGGAUUCAGAAGAUCCCUUUUGUCUUGGGACGAUAACCCCGGAGAAUGCCGAGAUAGCAGAGCUCUCAGAAGAGAAAGAAAGUCUCGGUCUCCGAGCUCCGGAGUUCUUCACCCACAAGGAAAGUGACCACGGGGAACCGGCAGUAUCCUCUUGGGAGACCAAGGAAGGGUGUGGUACACCGCAAGUCACUACUUCACGUUCAGUCAAACGAGUUGAGUAUGAAGUUCCGUCGAGCAUCACCUUCUUAAGAGAUGGGCAGAGAUACGAGGAGCCAGAUGAUUCGCUCUACUUAGAAGAAGGGGAACAUCAAGAAUACCUUGGGUACCCUGAAGAUGAGACUGUUUUGGAGGAAGGGGCCGGCGAUGACCCACAGUGCUUUGUAUAUGAUAAUGAAGAGGAAUAUGAAGAGAAUGAAGAAACCAUGGGAUUCCCCGAUGAAGACAGUAACUGCGACCACGCUUCAGAGACCAGCGUCUCAUUGGAAGAGGAGGAGAAAAUCGCUGAAGAAAGAAAGAGAGUGUUUCAACAUGUCCUGUCCUGUCUGAACAUGGAUAGAAGCAGAAAACUUCUCCCAGAUUUUGUGAAGCAGUUUUCCAUAGACCGAGGAUGUGAGUGGACGCCCGAGACCCCAGGAGACUUAGCUUGGAAUUUCCUGAUGAAAGUUCAGGCUUUAGACUUGACAGCUAGAGAUUUUAUCCUUAGGCACAAGGUGGUGGAUGAAGAGAACACAGAAGAAUUGCUGGCUGGAAUAGAGAAGUUAGGAAUUGGAGACACACAAACCAUCAAUCCCCUGGAUGUCCUCUGUGCCUGCAUGCUCUGUGCAGACAGCUCUUUGCAACGUGAAGUCAUGUCAAACAUGUACCAGUGCCAGUUUGCUCUUCCCCUGCUACUGCCAGAUCCAGAAAACAACAAAAGCAUCUUAAUGAUGGGGGCUAUGAAGGACUUAAAGCAGCACUCAACGCAGUCCUCAGGAGGGCCCCCCUGGGAAACAGACACGUUUGUGAGUCGCAUGAAGAUGCCUGUCAUCUCUUUUGUGCGGCUAGGACACUGCAGCUUCUCCAAGUCCAGAAUUCUUAACACACUGCUCAGCUCCUCCCAACAGAAACCACACAAAUUUUUUCUCCACCGGGAUCUGUCUGUUCCUGUGCUUCCUCGGCAAAUUUCUGAUGGCCUGGUGGAAGUGACAUGGUGUUUUCCUGACAACAAGGAGCUAAAGGGGAGCCCUCAUGUCUUCCAGAAACCUGUUGCUGUGGCCAACCUUCGUGGAGAUCUAGAAAGCUUUUGGAUCCAAUUUGGUUUUCUGGUGGAAGUUUCCUCUGCGGUGUUCUUUUUCACAGACUGCCUUGGUGAGAAGGAAUGGGACUUGCUAAUGUUUUUAGGAGAAGAUGCCAUUGAAAGAUGUUACUUCAUCCUCGGACCCCAAGCCAAGGAGAGCGAAGAGGCUUACAUUUUCCAAAGGAUCCUAAAACUGAAGCCAUCGCAGCUACUGUUUUGGGAAGUAGAGGAAGCUGGGGAUAGAAGGAAGACUAUGGAGACCCUUCAAACUGCCCUCCAGGAAGUCAUGUCCUCUGCACUCAGAUGUGUGUCCCUUGAAGAUAUGGCCUCUCUGGCAAGGGAGCUGGGGAUUCACGUAGACCAAGACUUUGAAGUGACUCAAGAUACUCAAGUUUCCUCCAGAACAAUUGAAGGUGAGAACCAACAAUCACUUAGUCAGACAAAAAGCCCACCUGAAAGCCAAGCUCAGAAGCCAAUUAGAGAGCCUGGGACCCAAUGUGAGGACAGUCAGAAUGCUCUGAUCUUCCAUCAGACACCAGUAUUCAUGCCUUAUCCAGCACACCCAUGGCCCUUGCCCCUUAAAGCUGGAAGUAACUUUUCCCAUGUUCCCUUGAGAGCCCCCUGGGUUGUAAGCUCCCAAUUUAGAUCACAGCAGAGGGCUAAGUGGUUCUUUCCAUUUCCCCAUCAGAAUACAAGUGUUCACAGCAGAGGUCAAAACUUUGGUAUUAAAUCCUUCCAACCCUGGAGAUUUUAUUCAAGGGGAAGAUUCACAAAAUGCUCAGCAACUCCUCAGCAGUAUCACGUGAAUGGACCAUUUGGGAAAUCACAGAGACAGACUUCUCAUGUCCAGUCCCAUCCUGAGGGCAGGCAGAGAACUCUUCAGAAAUCUGGGACAGUGGUUUCUCGUGUAGGUCACAUGCAUUCUCCUGCCUCACAAGCAAUUAAAGCAGCAGGGAAGCCACAGCCUGAGAAAGCCUGUGCCCAGGGGAUACAGCUGACUAAAGCAGCUGGAAAAUCUAUAAAGAUACCAUCGCAUAUUAAAUAUCCUCACCCUCAGCCCUGCCAGCCAGCAGGAGCUAUUCAAGAAUGGAUAAUACCCAUUUCUCAUCAAGGAGUCCAACAAACAACACAGGGAAGGCCUUCGGAUCUAGCUUUCAAACCAGGGUCUCAAUCUACAUCUGGGAGUAAACUUUCAUCUACCUCCCAGUCCAGCUGCCAUCAAUCCAAAUUCCAGAGCAAACACUUCCAGCCUAAACCCUUUCAGCCUGUGCCUUCUCAGAAAAAAUUGUCUCACACCCAUCCCUCCCAUGCUAAACCCUCUGAUCUGAAUCCCUCUCAUGCAAACCCCACUCAUGUGCGGCCUUCCCAUGCUAAACCCACUCACUCCCAGACCUCCCAAGCUAACUCCCAUCAUCCCCAUCCCUCCCAUGCUAAACCCUCUCAUCAGAAUCCCUCUCAUGCUAACCCCACUCAUGUGCAGCCUUCCCAUGCUAACCCCACUCAUCCACAGCCUUUUCAUGCUAAACCCACGCAUCCACAGUCCUCCCAAGCUAAACCCACUCAUCCACAGUCCUCCCAAGCUAAACCCACUCAUCCACAGUCCUCCCAAGCUAAGCCGUCUCCAUCCCAAUCUACUCAGUUCAAAGCACCUAAACCCCAUCAGUCCCAAUCUAAGUCUUUUCAGCCGAGACCCACUCAACCUAAAUCAUCGCAGACCAAGCCUUCACAGGCCAAGGCCUUCCACCCAAGAACAGGGAGACGUUAAAGAACAUACUCUAGAGAUCUAGGAAGUAUGGUCUUUGCUUAAGUUAUUCUUCUCAUGUAACAUUCUGAAGAAAAGUUUCAGUGAAAGACUAAUAAAAGUAGCAAAACAAAAAAAAUUAUUCAAAGUCUUAAGUACAUAGCAAAGUAAGUGCGGGAAAUAUGAAAGCAGUUAGAAGUAGGAUCUAGCUGGGCAAGGUGGCACCUACAGGGUUUAGCAUGGGAGGGCUGUGUCAUCCCAGCUCGGGAGAAACAGGCAAAUAUCUGUGUGUUUGAGGUCAGUCUGUUCUACAUAACAACGAUACAGCAAGUUCUAGAUCAGGCAGAGUACAUAACGAGACCCUGUCUGGGGACAAAAGGGUUGGAUCUAACAUCAAAGAGAUCAGUCAGUAUUCCAGAAGGCAUCAUUAUUUACACUCAGCGGGUUACCGAAACCAAACCAAAGCAACAACUAACCCUCCAAAGGAGCAGGAAGGAGUGGGUGGGUGUCAGGCUGAGCAGGAAGGGGGAAGAGCUGAGGGCAGAUAUGAUCAUUGUAUACAUGUAUGAAACUGUCAAAUCAUAAAUGCAAGAUGAGAAAAGAAUAGGAUCUAAGGAUACAUGAACUCACUGAGGCCAACCCACACUAUUAGAUGAUUCGGGAUUUGAACCCAGGGAGUGGAGUCUGUCAGAUAGCCAGAUGUGUGAAGAGUGGAGUUACUGUGUAAUUGUAAAGUGAUGAACGUGUGGAGCUCAGUUUAUCUCAGUGUUGAAGAAAAGCUGUUUCAGGGGUGCCGUGGUUUGGGGUUUAUCAUCAGCCACUGAACAGACACUAUGCACCAUUGGUACAGUUAAAUCGACUUGCUUCUGGUAAUAGCCCCAAUAUUUCUGCCUGAUAAGAUGAUCUCAUUUCCCCUUACACACGGAAAUAACGAAUGUUCAAUAAAACAUAUAAUUUGACAAUUA